AUGGUGUCAAAAAGCAGGAUAAGCACAACAAGCUUAUAUAUCUUAUCUGCUGUAAUAAGAUUUGCCCUUCUUAUCUACGGGGAAUGGCAAGACAGAACGAUGGAGCUAAAAUACACAGACAUAGAUUACAAAGUUUAUUCAGAUGCAGCAAAUUAUGUAUAUGAAGGAAAUAGUCCUUAUCUGAGACAUACAUAUAGGUAUACACCACUUCUCGCCUAUAUCCUUAUUCCUAAUGUACUGGUUCCUUUCUUUGGAAAAAUUUUAUUUAUUGUUGGAGAUUUGGUGUCUGGCUGUUUCUUACCUUCUCCGUGGGCGAGCAAAAUCAUUAGAAAAAUCGCUAUUUUUUGCCCAAAAACCCACCUCCGUGAGUGAACAAAAAUUUUUUUAAUAGAAAAAUUUUUUCUGAAAAAAAAUUUUGAUAUAUAAGUGAUAAUUAGUAUAAUGAAAUCAGAGAGAUAUUCUGUUUAAUUUUAAAUAAAUUGCGUUUUAAAACAUAAAAUUUAUAAAUUAAAUUAAUAUUUGCUUUCCAAUUUUUACGAAUUAGGAUUUUUUUUAAAAUUUUGGAAAUUUUUUUUUUAAAUAAAAAAUUAACUCCUCUCUCCGUGAGCGAACAAGAUUUUUUUUGUUCACUCACGGAGGGAAGAGUUAAAUAAAACUACUUAAGCUUGAAAACGAAAACCCAUUAUGGAGCGCAACACUUUUGCUUAAUCCGAUUGCUAUUAAUGUAUCAACGAGAGGCUCAUCAGAUUCUCUUACAAGUGUUUUAUUAUUAGGGGCAAUCUAUUUUCUUAAAACAAAUAAAAUCGAACUGGCAGGAAUUCUAUACGGUCUUUCAGUUCAUCUCAGAAUUUAUCCGAUUAUUUACUGUCUAAGUUUUUAUUUGUGGAUUGAUAAAGAAAAAUCAUCGUUUUUCACCUAUAAAAGGAUAAAAUUCACACUCAUAAGUGGAGGAUUAUUUUUAGCACUCAUAGCAGUGUUUUGGAAAAUAUACGGCUGGGAAUUUUUAUAUGAAACUUAUUUAUACCAUUUCAUCAGAAAGGACAACAGGCACAAUUUUUCACUGUAUUUCUAUAUGCUUUAUCUAACUUUUCAAUCAGCAGCUAAAGUUCUUGGCCUUCUGGCAUUUAUUCCACAAUGGGGACUUAUUGCUUACUUGGGAUUCUUUAUGACUAAGAAAAAUUUGUAUACAACUCUUAUUGCAGAAACCUUUAUUUUUGUAAUAUUCAAUAAAGUUUGCACAGCUCAAUACUUUCUAUGAUAUAUGAUCUUGAUCCCGCUUUUGCUUCCAAAAUUUAAUAUUUCAUUAAAGAGAAUAACAGUUUUGCUUACUUGCUGGGUUGCUUCAGAACUGUUUUGGAAUUACUGGUGCUAUCGCUUGGAGUAUUUAGGUGAAAACAAGUUUUUAGAAAUAUGGAUAGCGAGCGCACUAUUUUUUAUGACAAAUGCAUGGAUUCUUCGUGAAAUAAUAGUUGCAUCACCUGUCAUCCCAAUCAAGAUGCUAGAAGAUUAG